UAAUCACUUUUGUAGUUCUUUUAUAAAAAUGUUGAAUUUCAAAUUCCUCUCUGUGAAGUGUGCCAUUUCUGCACAUGUGCGAUACGUAUUUAGUUCAGCGUCCAACCUUUUGUAGAUGGAUAGAAUGGAAAUCGAUAGUAAUGUUUUCCUUUGAGUGAUUCAGUUCAUUUUCCUGUGCAUAUAAUUUAACAGAGCAAUAAUAACGAAAAUGCGCAUCGUUUUAACUCAGUUAUUGCUGGCAGCUGUUGUGUAUUCACAAAACAUUAAUAAUGCCGUCGAAACGGAAAUGUUUGCCGUUCCUAUCACACCGAAUUUAUUUAACUGGACUUAUCAGGAAUUUGAGGAGCAAUAUCGUUUUCACGCAUCACUAAAGGGUAAGCCGGAGCUACCAUCAUGGCUGCGGUAUGUGUACAGCAGCCGACAUCACUCUGGUUUCAUAUUCGGUACGCCGCCGAGAGGAACGGAAUCAUCGAUCACUUUAGAGGUAAUAGGUCUCAAUCGUCAAGAUUACGAGACUCGACGUGUUCUAAUCGUACUGAAGAUACAGCCGAAAGAAAACAUGGCGCGUCACGAAGUCGAACUUAAAAUAGAUAAUUUGAAUGUAGAAGAUCUACUUGAUGAUCACAGGAUGACACGUCUCAAAGACAUUUUAAGGAUGAAGUUAUGGACAGAGAGCAAAGAGGAUUUGUAUCCGACCUUCCUGUCCUCAGCUAUUGAUCUAGGAGCUCGGCUGCCUCUCAAGCCUAGCGAUGGGGAGGGUUUGGUUGUACGUCUCGGAAGUUCAAUACCGUUCUCUUCUGAGCUGAAGAGACUGAGAGAAGAAGUACGUCCUCUCUCCCGGCUCCCCAGCUGUCCCCGGGAAUAUAAACGUACUACAGUCGAAAGGUUAUUCCGGGACGCCGGUUUCACUCUAGAUUGGUGCAGCUUUGAACUUUACAACACAAUAUACAAGCCACGUUCGACCGUACAUCUGGAAUAUCUUACGGAGUUACCUAACACGAGUCGUAUAUCAAGUACACGUGUACUGGAUAGACAGCAGUGGUCUGCGCCGGAGCGGCGUGCAUUGCCACAGCGCGGAGUCGCACGUCAGCUGGUCGCAGCUGUCGCACCGCCGCUGUUGCUGCUCUGUGUCGCAAUUGCUGCACUCACUGCGGUGCUCUGCUUCCGAUAUGCCGCCAUGACGGAUCCAGAGUCUGAAUAUUUUCUAGAAAAUAUUUAUCAUAUUUGUAUUGAUUACAGAGAAAAGAGAGCCCACAAAACAGGAAGAGUGGAACUUUGCAGAUAUGGCACUGGCAACACUGAGCAAACGCAAAUCAACGAUAACAACAGUAAUAAGAGUUUGGGAGUCAGUCCCAACAACAGUCUCGUCCGGCCGUACAGUCCCAAAUCGAGCACCAAUCUCGCCGGCAGUUACAAUCGACCUCAACCUCCUCCGUAUAUCGGUUCCACCACCAAUUCCCUCCACCAUCGCAAAUCUGGCAACACCACCACGCCCUCAACAAGCGGACACACGCCAGAGCAUACUCGUACACUAGCAUUAGAAGAAUCCUUAAAACUUCUAAACGAGGCAAACAUAACUGGCAACUAUGAUGGAAUACCGAAAGACCCAAUAAUAGACAUUAACGAUGGCUCUGAGGAUUACGUACUCGUUAAACCGGAUUUCAUCCAAUCGAAACCGGAUUAUAUCCAGUUGAAACCGGAUACGAUCGGUUAUAACUCGAUCAAACCGGAUUUGGACGAUAUCAAUGUACCAGAAUUAGCCAAGUACGGGGUGACAGGUAUUGGUGGUAUAUGACAGAGCCUGUCUACGGACGGCUCAAGGCCUCCGGUUUAGACUUGGUUCUGUUAACACUCUCAAUGCCAACGACUUACCUGGCGAGUUCACUAUACGUCCCCACUGAGGGGCUCGGAGCCUACCCUAAGUUAGGGGU